AUGGGGGCCUGGCAAGACGGCACGGGGAAGAGCCCGGUUGCCCUCGAGCCGCCGACGAGACCGGCCACAGCUGUCGUGCAACCUGUGCCGCCAGAGAAAACGGCCGCCCCUCUUUCCAGGUUGCGCUGCGACCGGCAGCUCCCCUGCACCAACUGCGCUAAGCGUGUCAUGGGCUCGUCUUGCUCGUAUCAGACUUGGCCUCCGCAGACGGCAGGGGCGAGGGUCGGGGACGCGUCACAGUCGACCGACCUGACGCCGCAGGACCGUAUCAGAUACCUGGAGCAGCAGCUGGUCGGCCUGGCACGGUCCCAGCGGCAGCAGCACCACCACCCCCACGUGCCGAGGCCGCCAAGGGACCAGGCUCCCAGCGGCCCGUCGACCCCUAGCGCGGCCUCGCCCGCCACGACAGGUCCUUGCGGCCCCUCGUCGCCCGCCGAGUCAGACUGCGGGAGCACCCGACUAACCAGAUCCGGAACGAGCUACGUCAACAGCGCACACUGGGCCGCCGUGCUCGACGGCAUCGACGACCUAAAGGGCCACUUGGAGGAUGAGAGGCCGCCGCCGCAACACGGCACACCGGUCGAAAACGGCCCGCUGCUGUUCGGCGAGGCCCCCGCGCCCCGGCUCAGCGGGCCGCAGCUGCUUUACGGAUGCUCCGCGAUGGCCACCAAGGAGGAGAUCCUGGCGUCGGUCCCCACGCGGCCCUUCGUCGACCAGCUGAUUUCGUGCUACUUUAACUCGUUCGAAUUGUCGCCAGCUGUCCUACAUAGCGGCCAGUUUCUGCACGAGUACGAAGAGUUCUGGAAGCGCCCGUCGGCGAGCCCCAUCGUCUGGGUCGGCCUCUUGUUCACGCUCAUGUGCCUGGCCAGCCAGUUCCAGCGCCACCGGCUCGAUCCGGGCGAGCAGACGCCCCAGAUGGUGUCGGCGCGGCGGCACCUGCAGGACCGGGUCGAGGCGUUCCAGCAGCGCGCGGUGCAGUGCCUCGUCGUGGGCGACUACAUCCGGGGCGGGCCGCACGUGCUCGAGACGCUGGUGCUGUACCUGGCCGCGGAGCUGUUCCGCAGCAGCGACGCCGAGCCGGGCAUGUGGAUACUCGUGGGCACCAUGACGCAGCUCGCCACUCGCAUGGGCUACCACCGCGACCCCCGCCACUUUGCCGGCUUGAGCCCUCUGGCCGCCGAGAUGCAUCGGCGCGUGUGGAUGACCAUGGUCGAGAUCGACCUCGGCGUCUCGGCCCAGAUGGGCCUGCCCCGCACCAUCAGGCCGUGGCAGGCCGACACGGCCGAGCCCGCGAACCUGCUUGAUCGUGAUCUGGACCUUACCGCGCGCGAGCUCCCGCCGCCGCGGCCCGAGACGGACCUGACGCCCAUCCUGUUCCGCAUCGUGCGCGCCCGCAUCUCAAGGGUCAUGGGCGCCAUCUGGGACCUGGCCACGGGCGCGCGCCCGCACCGGCACGCCGACGUGCUGAGCCUGGACGCGGACCUCGAGGCGGCGCACGCGGCCAUCCCCGAGUGCCUGCGCUGGCGCUCGGGCGCCCUCUGCAUCGCCGACCCGCCCCAGGCCGUCAUGCAAAAGGUCAUGCUCGAGAUCAACGUGCACCGCGCCCGCGUCGUGCUGCACCGCGGGUACGUGCGCCCGCCCGCCGGGGAUGCGCGGCAAUACGGUUGCUCCCGCCACAAGUGCCUGGGGGCCGCGCUGCGGCUGCUCGAGUUCCAGGAGAUGCUGCGCGAGCAGACGGAGCCGCUGGGCCAGCUGAGCCAGGAGCGCUGGCGCGUGUCGUCGCCCGUCACGCACCACUUCCUCCUCGCCGUCAGCGUGCUGUGCUACUACCUGCAGCAGGCGCACGGCGGGGACGACGACGAUGAUGAGAACGGUGACGAUCACGACGAGAGCUGCGACGACAGGGUCGACAUCACCAGGAGCGCAAUCCGCGACGCCCUGAGGAGGUCCCACGACAUCUGGGCCCGGUCCAGCGGGCUGUCCAGGGAGGCGCAAAAGGCGGCCAAGGCGCUGAGCGUGGUGCUGGGAAUCGAGAGCUCGGCCCAGGCUGCUGCUGCUGCUGAUCCUGAUCCUGACACGCGCGCCACGCCCUAUCCGGCGGCGUCGACGCCGGCGGCGCAUGCCAACGUGGGAGAGCUGUAUCAAGAAAACGCUCCCGACUUCGGCUUCAACUUUCCAGUGUUCAACGAGAUGUUGUGUGCGAGCUGGCCGGGCCAGGAGGCGUUGGAGCCUAUGGCAUUUUUAACGUUGGCACCGGCAGCGACGGACAUGGACGCGGGAACAGCGAACUGGACGUGUAAUUAGCGACUCCGUGGGGGCUGUCAAGGCGGUUAAAUAGAAGGACACCCCCUGCCACCUCUGCCAAGAUGGAAAAGCACUAACGUGGUUCACAUGUGAGCGACACACCCACACCCAGCCUCCGGUUAAUUGAUUUUGGCGGCGCUUCGGAUGCUUAACUUUGGAUCCGAAUUAAUGGCUUGAAGGGCCAGAAUGAUCUAGCUUUUGUUACUUGUGUUCACCAUU